AUGCCUACACGAAGUAGGCUGGUUGUUUACUCUGCUUUUGCUGUUACUUUGGUAUAUCUGCUAAAUUACUAUCGGAGAAAGCGCAAGCUUAAGUUAGUAAGCGAAGGGAGCCUUUCACAGGCUUCUGGAUAUUGUCUGACUUCUCGGUCAACCUAUUUUCACGAGACAUCCUACUAUCUACAAGAUCUUGUUACUGAAGAAGGUAGUUCUAGUCCUAUAAACUCAUCUUCGGAAAGCUUUGUAAAGUCAAUCCCUAUCGACGGGUAUUCAGUGGCACUGAAAGAAUCAGUCACGGAAUUACAAAGUGUUUCAUUCUUAGACGCACAACCUCAAGCCGAGGAAGCAUUUUGUUCAGUGACUCCUUCGUACUUGUUACAAAUGGAAGUUAUCCAGUCAGUAAAUAAUAGACUGAAGACGAACUCAGGUUCUGAAUCUGAUCGAGCUCUGACCCCUGAUUCAAACGAUGGGUUGUGCGGAAUUCCGAUGCCACCAGAUGGCUUCAGUGACCCCUCAAAUGACAUAUAUGAAGCUAAUCCUGAAGAAAUAAACGGGAAAAUCCUACCAACAGUUCUCAUUCCCAGUGAUAUGUGGGCUGAAGCUGUCGACAGGGACAUUUGGCACGAAACUUUCCUAAUACCGGCGUAUAUGGGUGGUGUGCUUAUCGGCCGACUUGGAAAGAACGUGAGAGAGUUAAGGAACUCGUGGCAAGCUGAAUUCAACCUCAAUACCUGUCCAGGAAAACAAGACACCCUGGUUCUCAAACUGUCAUGCCCUCUGCGACACAAAAAUGAUGUACUACGAUGGGUGUCUCAUCGCUUCAAAAUGCGUCCCUCCAGGACGACAAUUGGAAACCCAAGUCAGUUGAAGCGCCACCUACCUCUAGGGGAACCGGUUCCAGUUCAGAUCCGUAGUCUUUAUGGGUCUAAGGAAUUAUUUUUGACAAUACCGGAUGAAGAGUACAAUAACUACUUGGACAUGGAAGCUGAACUUGACAAGGAUUAUUCCUCCACUAAUAGCUACCGUAUGCAACUAUGCGAACCAGUGACAUCAGGGACAGUUGCUGUGGUACCGCAUAGUCAUGGAUUUGCAAGGGCUUUAAUUAUUAGUAUAUAUCCAACCUGGCCGAAGACCGCAUUCUAUUACCUGCUGGAUCAUGGCACAUUUGGAGUCGUACAGUUGAACAAAUUGAAGAAAAUCAGAGCGAAAUACAUGCGAGUUCCAUUUCAAGCUAUCCAUGUCAGCUGGGCUCAUGCAUUCCCCGUAUAUUCAGAUAUUCCUGAUUUACAUUUACUAAGAACAUUCUUCAAUAGCGGUCGUGUUCAUGCAUUUGCAGUACGUAUGGAAACCUGUUGUCGAGCCUCCGUAGCAUUUGGUGAACCGUAUUCACAGCCGUAUUCAUCUCAUGGAUUUUUGGACAUUCUAGCCAAUGCUUGCAACAGUGGAUUAUAUAUGGCCGUUCCACUUCUUAUUUAUCCCAGAAGGCAAUGUUGGCUAAACAAUUCAUCAAUACCUUAUUAUCCCUUUGCGUACAGUUACAUUGAUUACCAAUCUCUAGUCUCUUUUGCCAUCGAAGAUGAUGAGGCUUAUGCCAGUACUAAUCAGUUACCUUCGUAUCAUCAAGAUAUUUGCGAAAACCAUUCAAGUUCAGCAAAAAACCAAAAGAUAGAUCAAAACAAAUCAAACGACAACUCCCGUUCUUAUUCAAACAUUCCCCGUUGGGGUCAUAAAAAUAAUACCACAGUAUCAAAAUACAGUGGUCGCCGACAAAACACAUCAGGAUCAAACCAUAUACAAAAGGAUUCUGUCUCAACUGUCUCUCAAAAAGAAAAUCACUGUACUUCGGAAGUUAAAGAAAAUACAAAUACGACUAAACCAACAUCUGAGAGAAAUGACCACGUACAAAAAAAUCAACCAAGAAAGCCGUUGUCAAAUCGUAAUCAUGGUAUGAAUGGUUCGGGUUGCAGUAAAGCAGUUUCAUCUAAUCACGAUAGAUUGACAACAACAAACAAUCCUGAAUAG